AGGUGUGGCUGCAGGGCGGCAGUCAUUAGGAGGAGGCCUGUCAGUGCCGUCCAAGUGUCACGGGUGGAAACUUUAUGGGACUUUUCCUGACUUCCUAUCUUUAUUCCGCGACUCUACUCACUCUUGUUCUGAGGCCAAUGACAGAGUAAGGAGGUGUGAGUCGGAGAGGCAGAGCCAAGAACAAAUCUCAAGACAGCAGCAGGAGCAGCAGGAGGAACAGCGAGAGGGAGCAGGUUGGAUUUCGCUGUCUUUGGGGACCUGAAAUCGGCAUUGCCGGAUCCGAACCCUCAGGUCAUGCACAUGUUGCCUGUGAGAUCUGGACAAAUCUAACACUCUGCCAUGGAGAAAGCUUAACUGCUGGACGAAAGAGCACUUUCUUUUCUUACGCCAUUCCACCAUUGUCAGACAGCUACCAUGCGCAGAUUCAGCUCAGAGGGAUCCCUGUUGGAUCUGGACUUCCUCCCAUGGAGGAGGGUGGCACUGAAGAACCCAGAUUAUGGGAAGAACCAGGAGACUGGCACCUACAAACCUCAUUUGGAGAGAGAUGAGCUGGACGGGAGCUCAACCCCUGUGACUCCCACCAUCCAGGAGCCGAGUCCCAGCCAGGGGGGGAAGAAGGAGCUGACCAAGGAGCACAGCAUCAGCAUGGAGAAUCUAAGCGAGCUGGGGAAACAGGACAAGAGCCACCUGGGAGUUUGUGUCAUCGGUGAAGGCUGCAGGGCCUAUAGUGACAGCCAGCUGGUCCCGGCCAACCAGGGCAGCACAGAGAGCAUGGAGAGAGACGAUUUGCCUCCCCAGUCUCCUUCUUCCUCCUCCAACCCCUUCUCCUUCAAAUCCCAGCACAGGAACGUCCACAAACCCAAACUGUCAGCCGCCAAACUGCACCUCAAGAGUCUCUUCAGCCAGAGUCCUCAUUCCUCACACUCCAACCUGGCCAACAUAGAACAGAAAGACAGUGCUACGGAGAGGAGGUCUCGCUUGCUUUUCAUGCGUCAGUGGAGUCAGGUUGGUCACAGUAAGAAGAGGAAAAUCAGUCGAGAAGAGCUGGAAGAAUGGGCCGAGUCCCUGAACGCCCUGCUGCUCAGCCAAACUGGUGUUGCAGUGUUUGGAGCAUUCCUGCGCUCCGAGUUCAGCGAGGAGAAUCUGCAGUUUUAUCUGGCCUGUGAGCAGUACAAGCACUCAUCCAACAACUUCAGCCUGCACAGGAGGGCCAAGGACAUCUGCGCCACCUACAUCCAGCCGGGUGCCCCCCGAGAGGUGAACCUGGACAGUAAGACCAGAGACCUGACCAUCCAGCUGCUGCAGGCUCCCUCUCACACCUCUCUGAACCACGCACAGAAACGCAUCUACUCUCUGCUGGACACAGACUGUUAUCCCCGCUUCCUCCAGUCAAACAUCUACCUCUCCGUACUGCGAGAGGCCAACUAGACGCCUCGUGCUGGUGACACACCUGGACUCACAGUCACUCAGUGGUCUCCAGGACUUCCUGAAAACUGUGGAUCAGAAAUGUCUUCAAAAGAAAGAGCUAUUAUGGAGGAUGUUAGUGUAAAAAAAUAUUUUAGAAAUAUAUGUGGGGCAAAAGGUUGAUGCUAAUUGAUCACUGUCUGUAGGAAUAGAAGGCACUUAAAUUAAUAUAUUUCUUUUUGGAGAGUAGGGUGUCCAGAUUAAUAAUAUUUAAUGUCUGUUUGCUUACAGUUUUCAUGUUAUCCUAAGCUAACCAGGUCCUGACUGCGGCUCCCUACUUAACCCUUUGAAACUGGGACAAAUUGGUUUGAUUUCUUUUUUUAAAAAAUGAGGGAAAAAAGCAAUGAAUAGCUUUGAAAGAACUGUCCUACAAAGUGGAAGAAAUCAAUAACAAGUGACAAAGAAAAUUAGCUGAAAAUAUAAUUAGAAUAUUUAUAAUAAUAAA